AUGAGCUUUCCCCACAACAACGGUCGAAGAACGAAUUCCAACUGGCGAUCAAGACCUAGCAAUCCGGGAUACCACCGACACUCGCCAUCCAACUUCAAUGCACCGCGCAGCUCUCCCUCGACAUCACCAGGCACUCCAAGCACACGUAGCACUCGAAGCGUAUCACCAACGGGGACAUGGAGACAACGAUCACCGUUGAUAAGCAAUCAGUCAAUAGUGGAGCCUCAUCAACAACAACAGCAGCAAGGACUUGAAGGUGCUAGUGUCCAGUGGCAGUCGUGGAACCGUGAAACGCCAUCCAAUACACAAAACAACACGAGGACGAAUACUUCACUUGAUUCUGGGUGGAAUAUGAGUAGCAGCAGUAGCAGCAAUCGAGAUACUUCUUUGCAUAAGGAUAGCGAUGACACCAACAGUAUUUGGAACGACGACUGGGAUGACAACAACGACUUUCCUACCCCACACUUGGAUAAUCCGAUAACAACUACUACAACUCACGAUCAUCUUGAACGAAGUGGGUGGUCUCCUGAACCGCCAGAAGAUACGCCAUCAUCGUCUUUGGCUGCAACAAAAACAACCGGUUUGAUACCUGAUCCAGUGAUACAAUCACCACCACCACCACCACCACUACAACAACAACCACCACCACCACCACCAGCAGUGUCAUCAGGGUCAUUAUCUUAUCAAGGGGAUGAAAUCAUCAAACACGAAUUCUUUUUGGCACGUGGAAGAAAAGACUCACGUAACAUCUCCAUUGACGACAUACUUGUGAGGACGAUUCGCCGUAAAGGAUCACCAGCUAUACAACAUAUUCAAUCUCCAUCCAUAUCAUCACCACCACCCAAUGGCGUCAAUGCAUCACCUUUCAUGUAUCCUUCCUACGUUGGCACCCCAUCAACCGAUCACUAUAACCAAUACAAGAAUGAAGGAAAAUUACAACAACGCACAAAGGAUGGAUCCACCUAUCGCUCUCAAAAACCACCCGCAUUCACUGGUGCAGUGCAUUCGGAUGAUCAGUAUCAACCCAUUUACAAGUCCUAUCCAAGCAUUGAAGAUAUGGAGGAAAAGGUAUCUAUCGGCGAACUCCAUCGUGGUGUGCUUCGUAUCAAUCGUCGUAAUCGCUACGAUUCCUAUGUUACGGUGGAAAACCUUGAUGAGGAUGUUUACAUUGGUGGAGAAUUACUCCGCAACCGAGCAUUUGAUGGGGAUGUUGUUGCUGUACGACUUUUGGACGUGGAUGAUGUGUGGAACAAACGCAAAGAGAAACAACGAAAGUCUGGUGCUGGAAAUGGAAGUUAUCGUAUGGUCGAAGCACCGGCUGGUAUGGAGUUGUUCAUGUUUGAAGAAGAACAAGUGGAGCAAGAUGAUGAGGAUUUGACCAAGCCAAAAUAUGCUGGUGAAGUGAUUGGAAUAUUGGAUCAACCUGAGGAAAGGGUCACUGUUGGAUAUCUUCAAAUUGAGCAAAACACCAGCAAUUACAACGAUUCCCAGGGCUUAUAUCACAGUCCUCCACAACAUGUGAAAAGACCAAAGAUCAUCUUUCGACCGCUCGACACACGUACCCCUUUGCUCAUGAUUCACGAGAAGGAUGCCCCACAAGACUUCAUGACACGGCAAAGUUAUUAUACAUCUACCUUGUUGGUGGCGAAGAUGGUCGAGUGGUCUAUCUACAAGCGACGUCCCAAAGGAAAGAUUAUGAAGGUUCUUGGCAUGGUCGGUGACAUGAAGGUGGAAACGGAUGCCAUUCUUGCAAGAAGUGGUAUCAAAAUGAAACCAUAUCCUUCAGUGGCUCGUGAUGCUUUACCCAAGAUACCGUGGACUAUACCCGAAGACGAGAUCAGCAAACGUACCGAUUAUCGGUCUCAUAUUACAUUUAGCAUUGAUCCAGAUACCGCAAAAGAUCUCGAUGACAUCUUACAUAUCAAACGGCUUGAAGAUGGAGGAUUUCAAGUUGGCGUGCAUAUUGCAGAUGUCUCCUAUUUUAUCCCAGCACAUACACCAUUAGAUACAGAGGCCCGUGAGCGAGCAACAAGUACUUAUUUGGUGAAUGACGUUAUACCAAUGCUUCCAGUCACUUUGGCAGAGGAGUUGUGUAGCUUGAACCCAGGAAAGGAUCGGUUGGCAUUUUCAGUUGUAUGGGAAAUGGAUGAUGAAGCCAAUAUUCGUUCAACUUGGUUUGGAAAGACGGUUGUAUGUUCGAGAGCCAAGUUAUCCUACAACGAUGCUCAGCAAGUACUGGAAGGUGGUCAGCUGCCACAAUCAGCUUCACUAGUCGAUCCCAAUCAAGCUUCUGAUAUUGAAACAUCGAUCAAAGAUUUGAUGGCUCUUGCUCGUCACUUGAGGAAACGCAGAUUUGCCAAUGGCGCGCUUGCUCUUGAAUCCGUCAAGCUGACAUUCGAUUUCGAUGAUGAAGGGGAGCCUACUGCAGUAUCCAAUUUCGAAGCUCAAGACUCAAACAAGCUCAUUGAAGAAUUCAUGCUUCUUGCCAAUACCCACGUUGCCCAGAAGAUUAGCUCAGCCUACAACAGGGAAGCAUUGCUUCGUCGACAUGCACCACCUAUUCUUCGACGCAUGGACAUUUUCGUGGAGGAAGCUAAAAGCUAUGGCUAUCAUAUUGAUGCAUCAAGUGCAGGUGCAUUGCAAGCAUCUUUGGAAAACAUACCCGAUGGACCCGUCAAGCAAGUUUUACUCAUGUUGAUUAUCAAGCCAAUGCAACGUGCAAAAUACUUUGCUUCAGGCGCUCUCGACAUCACCAAAUUCCUCCAUUAUGCAUUGAAUGAGCAGGUGUAUACGCAUUUCACUUCACCGAUUCGUCGCUAUGCUGAUAUCUUGGUCCAUCGUCAAUUGAAUAAUGCCCUCAAAGGAAUGGCUAACAGUGGCUACAGCACGAAGACUGUCCAAAUGAUCGCUUAUUCAUGCAACUAUCGAAGAGAAAUGAGCAAAGUGGCAGAAGAAAUGAGUCGACACUUGUACCUAGCACGCUAUCUAAACCGAACGCAAAAGGAGACCAUCAAGACCGCCGUGGUGAUGGCAGUGACUGAGCACCAUUUUGAUGUGUAUUUGCAUGAAUACGGCUUACAGCGACGAUUAUUUGCACAAGAUUAUCCUCUUGACAACUAUGACUACUGCAACGACGACGCGAGCCUUGUAUUGUAUUGGGAACGGGGUGUCCCUGUGGAUAUGGAAAGCCAAUUCAAACGACAUUAUCAACGCGACACUAUGCGAACCACUGACAUCAAAUCACGUGAAGACAUGGAAUCAAAGAAUAAGGGUAAAAGCAAGGCCAACAAUGUAACAGCACCUAUGGGACAAUCCAUCACGUCUGUACGAGCUGCUCCUCUUGACCAUACAUUGUGCUCUCAACGUUUGGCUAUAUUCACCACCUUACAAGUGAAACUCGAAGUCAAUAGUCACCGAUCACCUCCCGUUAUCAACAUGUAUCCUGUCAAUCCCUUUUGCUAA